ACUUCUCAUUCACUCCAAUAUAUAUUAAUAAUAAUCUCACACAAACUCAUAAUUCUUAAAAAUGGACCAACUCACUUCUGAUAUUUUCUCAAUUCUUGAAAACAAAUUCUUGUUUGGAAACAAUGUUUCUUCAAAUUCUACUCCAACUAAAGAAAUGACACCCGGAAGACAUGUUACCGGGAGAGUUCGUGUUCUUUCGAUUGAUGGCAGUGGCGCUACGGACGGUUUAUUAGCUGCUAAAUCGAUUCUAUACCUUGAGACGUCUCUACGUCUCAAGUCUGGAAUCCCUGAUGCCCGCAUUUCGGAUUUCUUUGAUGUUGUAUCCGGUUCGGGCAUCGGGGGUGUCCUGGCUGCUUUGUUGUUUACUAAAGGAAAAGAUGGUGAACCCUUGUUUACCGCGAAUGACGCGGUAAAGUUUGUGUCAGAAAAUGGACACAAACUUUCUAAAUUUUCAAAACAAGGGGUUUUUAAAAGGCUUUUAGGAUCUUCUGCGAAAAAUGGGAAAGUUUUUCACAAAAUAUUUGGGGAUUUGUCUUUAAAAGAUACUGUAAAACCUGUUCUGAUACCAUGUUAUGAUUUUACUACUGGUGGGCCCUUUGUUUUUUCGCGUGCUGACGCGGUUGAAAUGGAUGGUUGUGAUUUUAAGAUGAGGGAUGUGUGUGCUGCCACCACGGCGGUUAAUGGGCCCUUUGCCACGCUGUCGGUGGAUAAGAGGACAAAAAUUUCCGCGAUUAGUGGUGAGCUGGCGAUGAAUAAUCCAACGGCUAUGGCAAUUACUCACAUUCUUAACAAUAAGCAAGAAUUCCCGUUUUGUAACGGGCUUGAGGACUUGCUUGUUGUGUCUUUAGGCAAUGGAGAACCGUUUUGCGGCGUUGCCGGGAAUCAAACGCCGUCGCGAUCUACGUACGUUAAGAUCUUUGGUGAUACAGUUUCGGAUACGGUUGAUCAAGCCGUAUCAAUGGCAUUUGGGCAAAGUCGAACUAGUAACUAUGCUCGUAUCCAAGCGAACGAACGUUAUGUAAAAAGCGAGAAUCAUAGUUAUGGAAAUGAAGUAGAUAAGUCGAAGAUGGCCGAAGAGAUGUUGAAACAAAGAAAUGUGGAAUCGGUGUUGUUUCAAGGGAAAAAAUAUAAUGAUACUAAUUUGGACAAGAUACAAUUUUUCGCGACAGAAAUUAUUAAAGAAACUGAAAGGCGGAAAACUAAUAUAUUGCCUACCGUCGUGCUAAGGCAGACAACUACAUCGUCCUCACCACGAACGUCCUCUGCCACGACUUUAUCUAUUACGUCGUCGAAUUAGUUUUGAGUAUGCAUUUUGGGGUGCAACUAUAUAUAUAUGCUUGUGAUUGUUAGAGUUAUAUAUAUAUGUUGUGUAUAUAAAAAGAUUUGAGGAUUUGUAGUAGAAGAUUUUUUUUGUUCGAUCUCUAUGAAGGCUUGAUGUUAUUGAGUACAUCGAGUUUUAGAAUUUAUUUGUUGGGUAGAGAUCUUACGAAUUUUAGAUGUAUGUUAGGUUUUGAUUGGAUGAAAUAAUUAGAGACUUAGAAUGAGUGGUCUCAUUAUUCAUGCUUGUUUGCAUUAGUAACUUUUAUGUAUUCAAAAACUCAAGAGAUUGAUUUAUUUAAAAGUUAUUUACAA